GUUUUGAAUUGGUUCAUUUUGCGAGGGGGAGAUGCAUGCUGGGGGAAAACAAAAGGGAAAAGAGGUGAGCUUUUGGAAACGGGCUUUGGCUUCCUUUCCUUGUCACUCAUUACCCUACCAUAUUAAUCCAGAUUUUAUUUUUCCCUUUUUCAAAAUCUUUAUAAUUAUUCACGUCUUAGUUGUAAAUUACUGUCCGUCUCUCUCUGUAGGGUCAUUUUGUAAAUUCAAAAGAUUACUGUCCUCUUUAAUCUCUCCCUUUUCAUUUUUUCUCCCAUUGCUCUCUAUCUCACUUCAAUCCUCCACCACACCAUCCGAGGCUCUCUCUCCUUGUCCCUUCCCAUUUCUGACUCCGUGUUCUGCCCUCUUUGUUUGCCCUGGAAGGAGGGAGGAGGGAACGCUCGUCCAAUCCAAUCCAAGCCGCCGGCCGCCGCCAUGGGCGCUUCCCUUCUUUUCCUUCUUUCUCUCGCACGUCGUCCUCUGAUUUUGCGGUAGAUCGUCCUUUUCUUAAUGCUUUCGUCUGGUUUUGUAUCCAAUUUUGUGCUGUCAAUGAUCGAGCUGAUCUUACGGAGACUGUAGUUCUUAUUCCGCUUGGCUCAUCUUAUCCUGCAAAAUGAGUUGACUUUAAUGUGUGCUAACCAUAUGGUCUUUUUCUUCUUUGGAUUUUCUAAACUUGAUGUACCGCGUGCUUCAUUGUUGAGGUUAUCAAUACAUAUUCACCCUCAUCGUUUAGUGUAUCUUUUAUUGCUGCCCCAAUGCAAGGUCAGAGGGGUGCAAUUGGUUCCUUGCCUGAAACCUUAGAAUUCAACUGUGGAUCCACAUCUAGUAAUCCUACUGUGGAUCAGCAAAUUUGCUGGAAUAAUAUGCGGAAUCCUGCUGAUAAUGAUAGUGAUAUACCUGAGUAUUUACUUCCUUUGAGUGAUAUGGACCCGCCAUAUAUGAAUUCGAUAAACCAUGAAUGGCAGAAUUCAAGUGGAUGGAGCUUAGGUGAGCCAAGUUCUAGCAAUACCCAGAGUGAAACCAACAAUAACCAGCAGAAAAGAGAACUUGAAUGGACAUCUCCAAUUAGUGCUGGUCCUGUAGCUGGUCCAAGUGCAGAAGGAAGGCACUUUGAACCAACCAUUAUUCUUUCGGCUGACAAUGUCAAUUCCAGUCCUAUGUAUAUGCAUAGCUCCAAUUCUCACGUGUCAAAUCUCAAUUUAAAUGCUGGCUUGUCAGAUGGUGGUGGUGAUAAUAGCCAGUGUUUGGAGCAUCCUAACUUGCACAAAUCUAGUGGAUCAGUAAAUGAGCGUGUUCCACCUAGCAUUGUUACCGGUCCUUUUCCUCCUCCUCCUGGAAAUAACAGCUUCGUGCUAGAAGGCACUGAUGUUAGGUCAGGCUGUUCUCUAGAUGUGCGCCGUGCUUCUUGUAAAAGAAAGGCCAUUGAAGAAAAUGUUGGACCAUCUUUUGACAGUGGAAGUUCUAGUUCUAGUCAGCAUACAGAAAGCAGUUCAUGGAACACUCUUCCAACUCAGGAUAAUGCUGGGAGCAGUUUAAGUAGAUCUGCUUCAUCUGAGCAGGCAAUUGCUAGACUUGGGCUGGGAAUGGGGGAUGAAGCCCCUGAAAACCUUCCAGAUUCAAAUGAUGAAGGGGGCACAGAGGGCUUCUGCAGGAAUCUCCGUUUGAGGAUAAGUCCUUCAAGCCAACAAGAUUCAAUUCCUCCCCCUGCAGUCUCUACUGGGAGUGUGAUUAGGCAUUCUAGUAUGUCAACCUCUUCAAUGUCACAAAGGUUUCGGCCUGUUGAUAACUCCCUGGACUUGAGGGCAGCACCAAUGGUAGAUAACGUAACUCCACAAAGCCAGCCCCUUGUGAUCCAUGUUCCUGCUUUACCAAGGAAUAUGCAAUCAUUAAGAUGGAAUGGUAGUUCUAGCUCAAGAAACAGCCAAUCAUCAAGCCCAAUCCUUUGUGCAGAUAGGGAUAACCAGCCACGGGAAGAAUCUAGCUCAAGAAGUAUUUCUAGAAACAUUUUUGAUCGUCCAGUAUUUGUACCAGCCACUGAUUUAAGAAAUCUUGUUCGAAAUCCAACAAUUAGAGCUUCAGGUAGUGCAAAUUUAAGCAUGUCAGGAAAUGUUGCUUCUUCUUCACGGGCAGGAUCAAAUUCAGCUAUCAACCAGUCAUCUGCCUCAACAUGGGUUUCUCGUCCUAAUCCUCCACAGUAUCCACGUAGAUUAUCCGAAUAUGUUCGUCGAUCAUUGUUUUCUCCUCCUUCUGAGGCUGCUGGAAGUCAAAAUCUAAGCAAUAAUUUUUCUUCUCUGCGUUCUGGUCCUUCUGCAUCAUCUGAAGCAAGGGUGCCAACAUCUGGGGCUGGUGGCCAAGGACUUCAUCAAUCACAUCCGAGAUCUAUGUGGAUGGAGAGGCAAGGUGAUGCAGAAUUUGGAAUUCCUUAUUCUUUGCGAAGUUUGGCUGCUGCUGGUGAAGGAAGUAGUAGUAGACUUGUAUCUGAUCUGCGUAAUGUUUUGGGCCUCAUGCGAAGGGGUGGAGGUCUGCGAUUGGAGGAUGUUAUGAUUCUUGACCAAUCAGUCUUUUCUGGAAUGGCUGAUAUUCAUGAUCGACACAGGGAUAUGCGUCUUGAUGUUGAUAACAUGUCUUACGAAGAAUUGUUGGCUCUGGAAGAGCGAAUUGGAAAUGUUAGUACGGGAUUGAGCGAAGAAACUGUAGUGAAACUUUUGAAACAGAAGAAGUAUUCAGUUGAAGGAGGAUCUCAGCUUGAGGCAGAACCGUGCUGUGUCUGUCAGGAGGAGUAUGAUGACGGAGAUGAUAUUGGAACCCUUGAUUGCGGGCACGAUUACCACACAGACUGUAUCAAACAGUGGCUAAUGCAUAAGAACCUGUGUCCCAUUUGCAAGACAACGGGCUUGGCAUCGUGAGACAAGACAACCAUUCAAUUCUCAGGCAUUUGAUUCCAUCGAAAACAAAAUCUGGAGAUUUAGAUGUAGGUGGAGAGAAUUGGCACAAUUACCUUAGAAAGUCAGGUUAAUUGAAGCGGAAUUCUCUGGUGCUUUGCUGCCUUGUCCGUUGUCAUACCCUCUUUCUAUCUAUAGUGUUGGUAAAUGCUCAAGCACCAGUCCAUGUGACAAAUUACAAAUGUCUUCCCUUCCCCCUUCCCCCCAAUCUUCGUUUUUAGCAUUUUGUUUAUUUAUCUAAGCCAAUGAUCUCGUACUUUAUGGGACUGAUAAUUGGCAUUGGGUGAAGGAAGCAUUGUUCGUCUUUAUUCUAGUUGAUCGGGAUUGGUUUUUACUCUUUACUGUCUAUCAAAAGCAUUUUUACAUUGCCCAUGAUGCUAAAAUCAAUGUUUUUUAUUCGAUUUAUUA